CAAUCUUUUUAUGUUUGCAGAUCCGUUUAUUGAAACAGAAAAGAAGAAAAAACUCGAAACUCUCCAUUAAAAGAAACAUAAAAAGGCAAAAACACGACAAAGAUUCUCACAGACAGAUAUUUACAAAAAGGGUUCUGUUUUGAUUAUUGGGUUUGUUGAUUUUUUUCUUCUUUUCGUCUUCUGUUUUGUCAAUCUUGUGGAUCGAUGUCGGAGAAGGAAGAUCUUCCGUCGACAUCGAAGUCCACCGGAGCUGCUCCAUCGCGACCCACUUUAAAUCUUCCUCCACGGCCAUUCACUGAGACGUUCUUCAACGGUGGCGUCGGAUUCAGCCCUGGUCCGAUGACUCUGGUCUCAAACAUGUUCUCCGAUUCCGAUGAGUCUAGUAGGUCUUUCUCCCAGCUCCUUGCCGGAGUCGUCAUGCCUUCUCCUGCAACGGGUAGUGAAGGGAAUAGUAAUAGCUCUAGUGUUGAUGUAGUUGACCCGAGAUUCAAGCAGAGCAGACCCACCGGUUUGAUGGUUUCUCAGUCACCGUCGGUAUUCACCGUAUCUCCAGGGCUAAGUCCGGCGAUGUUGCUGGAUUCACCGAGCUUCUUGGGUCUUUUCUCUCCCGUUCAGGGAUCAUAUGGAAUGACACAUCAGCAAGCUCUAGCACAAGUAACAGCACAAGCUGUUCAAGCCAAUGCUAAUAUGCAACCUCAAACAGAGCACCCUCCUUCCUCUCAGGUUCAAUCUCAGAACCCAACCUCAGCUCCAGAUUCUUCACAGCUAGCUCAAAGAGAAACCUCGGAUAUAAACAUCAUCGAGCACAACAGGUCACAACAACAGCCUCUGAAUGUUGACAAACCAGCAGAUGAUGGCUACAACUGGCGAAAGUAUGGUCAAAAGCAAGUUAAAGGCAGUGAGUUCCCUCGAAGCUAUUACAAGUGCACCAAUCCUGGAUGUCCUGUCAAGAAGAAGGUUGAGAGGUCUCUUGAUGGACAAGUAACUGAAAUCAUCUACAAAGGUCAGCACAAUCACGAACCUCCUCAAAACAAUAAGCGUGGAAACAAAGAUAGCAAUAACAAUCCUAACAAAACCACGAGGGAACAACAUGAAGCAGCAAGUCAAGCUACGACAGAGCAAAUGUCUGAGGCAAGUGACAGCGAAGAAGUCGGUAACGGAGAAGAGCCUGAUCCUAAGAGAAGAAGUACAGAGGUUCGAGAUCUGGAACCAGCUGCUGCUGUUGCUGCUUCACAUAGAACAGUGGCAGAGCCUAGAAUUAUUGUUCAGACAACAAGUGAAGUUGAUCUUCUAGAUGAUGGAUAUAGGUGGCGUAAGUAUGGUCAGAAAAUUGUUAAAGGGAAUCCUUAUCCGAGGAGUUAUUACAAGUGUACUACACAGGGAUGUGGAGUGAGGAAACAUGUGGAGAGAGCAGCAACAGAUCCAAAAGCUGUAGUGACAACGUACGAAGGAAAACAUAACCAUGACCCUCCAGCAGCUAAAUCAAGCAGCCAUGCUGCUGCAACGGCACAGUUAAGGCAUGGCGGUUUGGCUAACUUAAAUCAGCAGCAGCCCGUUGCGUGUCUAAGGCUGAAAGAAGAGCAAACAAUUUAAGGGAAGAAAACUCUGUAUAUCUCAGAGAGUUCAUCAGAAGGGGUUGUUCUUCUAUGUUCUGGUGUAAUACUUGAAAGUUUUUUAGGGUUUUCAGAUUUCUGUUGACUUGUGUAAUUCUUUUGUACAGGGGGGUUAUGUGUUGUAUCUCUGUGUUAUUGAUUCAGAGGAUAGGUUACACAUUGUGUGGAUGAAGUUUUAUAUGUUGUAAUAUCAUACUGUAUUUUUUGUUUGUACGAAUAUUGUACUAAUAAUAGUAUAUUACCCAAACUUGCUUUUGUU